GGCGUUCUGGGUGGUUCAAGAUGGCGGCGCGCUGGAGCAGCGAGAAUGUGGUGGUGGAGUUCCGGGACUCGCAGGCGACGGCCAUGUCUGUGGACUGCCUGGGACAGCAUGCAGUGCUUUCUGGGCGCCGCUUCCUGUACAUCGUCAACCUUGACGCCCCUGCCGAAGGCCAUCGCAAGAUCUCUCGCCAGAGUAAGUGGGACAUUGGAGCCGUGCAGUGGAAUCCCCACGACAGCCACGCACACUACUUUGCUGCUUCGAGCAACCAGCGUGUCGACCUGUACAAAUGGAAAGACAGCCAUGGGGAAGUUGGCACAUCCUUGCAAGGGCACACACGUGUGAUCAGUGACUUGGACUGGGCAGUCUUUGAGCCAGAUCUGCUGGUGACCAGUUCAGUCGACACCUACAUCUACAUCUGGGAUAUCAAAGACACCCGGAAGCCAACAGUCUCACUCUCUGCAGUUGCCGGAGCCUCCCAGGUGAAAUGGAACAAGAAGAACGCCAGCUGCCUGGCCACCAGCCACGAUGGGGAUGUGCGCAUUUGGGAUAAGCGGAAACCAGGCACGGCGGUGGAGUACUUAGCAGCACACCUCUCUAAAAUCAAUGGCCUGGACUGGCACCCGGACAAUGAAAACAUUUUGGCCACUUCCAGCCAGGACAACUCCGUCAGGUUCUGGGAUUACCGGCAGCCCCGAAAAUACCUCAACAUCCUGGCCUGUCAGGUCCCAGUCUGGAAAGCCAGAUACACGCCUUUCAGCAACGGGCUGGUGACCGUGAUGGUGCCCCAGCUGCGAAGGGAGAACAGUCUCCUCCUCUGGAAUGUCUUUGACUUGAACACGCCAGUUCACACCUUCGUCGGACACGAUGACGUGGUGCUGGAAUUCCAGUGGCGGAAGCAGAAAGAAGGGUCAAAAGAUUGCCAGCUGGUCACUUGGUCUCGAGAUCAGACGCUACGGAUGUGGCGAGUUGAUGCCCAGCUGCAGAGGCUCUGUUCCAAUGACCUCCUGGAUGGAGUGGAGGAACUCAUCGAUGGAAUUUCUCUCCUGCCAGAGCCGGACAAGGCCCUGCCUGCCCAGGACACAGAGCCCCAGCAAAUGGUGACUCACGGCGAGGAGGAAGCCUUGAAAGAAGACACCCAGAAAGGCCUCCUGGUGGGGAACAAGCUGGACCAGCCGGGGCUGCCCCAGACAUUGCAGCAGGAGUUCUCGCUCAUCAAUGUGCAGAUCCGCAACGUCAACAUGGAGAUGGAUGCUGUAAAUCGUAGCUGCACAGUCUCGGUACACUGCAGCAACCACCGGGUCAAGAUGCUCGUGAUGUUCCCCGCGCAGUACCCCAACAACGCCGCCCCCUCCUUCCAGUUUGUCAGCCAGACCACCAUCCCGUCCACCAUGAAGGCCAAGCUGCUGAAGAUCCUGAAGGAUACGUCCACUCAGAAGGUCAAGCGGAACCAGUGCUGCCUGGAGCCGUGUCUGCGCCAGUUGGUCUCCUGCCUGGAGUCUGUUGUGAACCAAGAGGACAGCUCCUCUGGCAACCCCUAUGCGCUCCCAAACUCCGUAACGCCGCCGUUGCCAGCCUUUCCCAGGGUCUCCAAUGCCUAUGGCUCCUACCAGGACUCCAACAUCCCGUUCCCCCGCACCUCUGGAGCCAGGUUCUGUGGGGCAGGGUACCUGGUAUACUUCACAAGGCCUAUGACGAUGCACCGGGCAGUAUCGCCGACCGAGCCAACUCCCCGAUCCUUGUCGGCGCUCUCGGCCUACCACAGUGGCCUCAUCACCCCCAUGAAGAUCCGCACAGAGACACCUGGCAACCUGCGCCUGUACGGGGGGAGCCCCACCCGCAGCGAGAAGGAGCAGGUCUCCAUCAGCUCCUUCUACUACAAGGAAAGGAAAUCCAGGCGAUGGAAGAGCAAACGAGAGGGGACAGAUGCCGGCAGCCGGCCGAUCAAAGCGGCUGGGAAAGUGAUCAUUCAGGACAUCUCCUGCCUGUUGCCUGUGCACCGAUCGCUUGGAGAGAUGUACAUACUGAACGUGGUGGACAUUCAGGAGACCUGCCAGAAGAACGCUGCCUCCGCCCUGGCCAUGGGACGCAGGGAUCUCCUGCAGGUCUGGUCGCUGGCCACGGUAGCCACUGACCUCUGCCUGGGCCCAAACUCUGACCCGGACUUGGAGACGCCCUGGGCCCAGCACCCGUUCGGUCGCCAGCUGCUGGAGUCCCUGGUGGCUCAUUAUUGCCAGCUCCAUGACGUGCAAACACUGGCCAUGUUGUGCAGCGUCUUCGAGGCCCAGUCCGGGCCGCAGGGGCCCCUGAACCCCACGGGGCUCUUUCCUCAGCACUCCUCCAGCCACAGCCGCUAUCCCAGCUUCACCUCCUCAGGCUCUUGUUCCAGCAUGUCCGAUCCUGGACUCAGCACCAGCCUCUGGAACAUCGCCAACAAAGAGCUGGACCACACCCUGGCCUGGUGCGAGUCUUCGCCAGAGGACUUCCGCUUCGGGAACUUGGCAUACGCCGACCAUCGGGAUCGGGAGAAGGACCAGCACGACAGGAACAAAAGGGUUUUGGAUCCAGCCAACAGCCAGCAGUUUGAUGACUUCAAGAAGUGCUACGGCGAAAUCCUUUACCGCUGGGGCCUGCGAGAGAAGCGGGCGGAAGUCCUCAAGUUUGUUUCCUGCCCCCCCGACCCUCACAAGGGGAUUGAGUUCGGCGUCUACUGCAGCCACUGCCGCAGCGAGGUGCGCGGCGUCCAGUGCGCGCUGUGCAAGGGCUUCGCGUUCCAGUGCGCCAUCUGCCACGUGGCCGUGCGGGGCUCGUCCAACUUCUGCCUGACUUGUGGGCACGGGGGGCACACCAGCCACAUGAUGGAGUGGUUCCGCACGCAGGAGGUGUGUCCCACCGGCUGCGGCUGCCACUGCCUGCUGGAGAGCACCUUCUGAGCGAGCGCCCUCCAGGCCUGGGUCUGACCACACCUCGGUCUCCGUCGAGCCGCUCCCGAGAGGCCACCGUUCUCCCGGCUUGCUUUGGAAACGGGCAGCCGGUCUUUCUGGUGGUCGGUGGCGUUCUGCGCUCCCCGGAAGAAGGGUGGGUGGGAUGGAUGGUGGCCCAGGGGCAUCUCUCAAACCCCCUGUGGGCUUCCUUCCUGGGAAGAUGCUGCAAAGAGGAAGAGGGCCGUGCGUGGGGGACCGGCACGGAGGCUUGGCGUGAGAGAGGCAGAGCUUGUGCGAUGGAUGGAUCGCAGGCCUCCCCGCCUGGCACUGGGAGAAUGAAGCAGACGUCCCUGGUGGAGACUUGAGCAUGGCCAGCCUCAUGGGGCCAUGCGGAUGGUGUUUCGAACUGCCUUGCUAGGGCCUGGGAGCUCCCUGCCUUACAUGAGCAGGAAGGAUCAGGACAGACAGCUUCCUGCGCAAGCACGGAGGGCCGGGCUGGGGUGGGGUGGGGGGUGAACUGACUCGUGUGUCCCCGCGAGCAGAAGGUUCCGCUGUCUCCUCUGGAUGAUUUCUCCCCCUCUGCCGCUCCUUCUUCACUGGAAGCUCUGCAGCAGCCCGAGCGUGGUGCUUCCGGUGGCUACUCGGCUGGACCUCCCUCUGACAUUCCUCCCGCAACCACCUGCCGUCACAGGCCUUGCUUGGGCCACGCGAGCGUGGACUCUGCCCAAAGGAGGGCCUGAGUGCUGCGGGAGAAGUUCCAGCUGCGCACUGGGAGUCGAGACUGGAGGAUCUGUAGUUCUUAUUCCGAAGUGCAUUCCAGCCUGGGGGAACGGACGGUCUUGUGCGCUGCCUGGCCAUCGCACAAAUGCUUUUGAGACUGAGACGCAAGCCUGAGCUGCGCUCGUCUGCCUCGGGCCCAGCCCCUCCAUUCGUGAGCCCAUUGAGCACGGACACGGCCUGCAGCAUCAUUUUCAAGCCUUGUGGCUGGGGAAGUGUGUUUCUGUACAUUCUUUAAUAAAGCAAGAACACUUUCUAAGA